AUGUCCGCUAUUCAGAACCUUCACUCUUUCAACCCCUUUGCUGAUGCAAGUAAGGGUGAUGACCUGCUUCCUGCUGGCACUGAGGAUUAUAUCCAUAUAAGAAUUCAACAGAGAACCGGCAGGAAGACCCUUAUCACUGUCCAAGGGAUCGCUGAUGAUUACGAUAAAAAGAAACUAGUGAAGGCGUUUAAGAAGAAAUUUGCCUGCAAUGAUACUGUAAUUGAACAUCCAGAAUAUGGAGAAGUAAUUCAGCUACAGGGUGACCAGCGCAAGAACAUAUGCCAGUUCCUAAUAGAGAUUGGACUGGCUAAGGACGAUCAGCUGAAGGUUCAUGGGUUUUAAGUGCUUGUGACUCUGAAGCUUAAGUGAGGAUUUCCUUGCAAUGAGUAGAAUUUCCCUCCUGUCCCUUGUCACAAGUUUAAAAACCUCACAGCUUGUAUAAUGUAACCAUUUGAGGUCCGCUUUUAAC